UAUUUAUUAUUUUAAUCACAAAAAUUUUAAUCCGUCUCAAUUGUUUUAGCCAUUAGUGUGUUUUGUUUUACUGCAUUAUCAACAUAAAUUCGUCAUAUGGUUUCACACAGCGAACUGUCAAAAUAUCAAAAAAAAAAAAAGAACUAAAUUAGCAAAUAUUUUAAUAUACUCGCUCUCGUUCGAAUCAUUCUUCAAUUUUCAUCUGCGGGAAGAGUUGCAAAUUAUAUUUUUUAAUAAUAUAUAAGAAUAUUAAUAGUUUAUUUUUGUAUUUGAAUACUUUUGAACUAUUAUCGACGAGAAAUGGCAUCGAUUUUAAUUCGUUCAGCGACUUUAAGUGAAAUUAUUGGCUCUAAAGUCGGACCAAAGGUCCUGGGACUUUCCAGCGCUCAUUGCCAACAAAAACGUAAUUUGAAUGUCUUGGAGCAUGUAUCCUACACGCUACUAAAUAAAGCUGGUAUUCCAACUCCAAAAUUCGGUGUUGCAAAAUCUGCAAAAGAAUGCUCAGAUAUUGCCAAAAAAUUGGAGACAACAAAUUUAGUAUUGAAAGCACAAGUUUUAGCCGGAGGCCGUGGUGUAGGAACUUUCAAGAAUGGUCUUAAAGGCGGUGUACGCGUUGUAUUCACACCGGAAGAAGCUGAAAAGAUUGGAGGAAAAAUGAUCAAUCAAAUAUUAGUCACUAAGCAAACCGGUGCAGGUGGACGUAUUUGCAAUUCUGUUAUGGUCGCCGAACGCAAAUUUCCCCGUAGAGAAUUUUAUUUUGCAGUAAUGAUGGAGCGUGCAUUUAAUGGACCUGUCAUAAUUGCUUCCUCUCAAGGUGGUGUAAAUAUUGAAGAUGUUGCUGCCUCAAAUCCAGAAGCUAUUGUUUAUGAACCAGUUGAUAUUAAAUGUGGUUUAUCGGAAGAACAAGCUCAAAAAGUCGUGAAAGCUGUUGGCUUGCAAGAUCAUGAAGAGAGUACCGUAGAAAUGUUAUUAAAUAUGUAUAAAUUAUUUAUAGAGAAGGAUGCUUUACUAAUUGAAAUCAAUCCUUAUGCUGAAGAUGCGCUUGAAGGAAGUGGAGAAUGUGCAAGUUUUUUCGCACUCGAUGCCAAAUUCCGUUUCGAUGAUAAUGCUGAAUUUCGACAAAAAGAAUUAUUUGCUCUUCGCGAUUGGACACAAGAGGAUCCAAAAGAAGUGGAAGCCGCCAAAUACCAAUUGAAUUAUAUUGCUUUGGAUGGCAAUAUUGGUUGCAUGGUUAAUGGUGCUGGUUUAGCAAUGGCUACCAUGGAUAUUAUCAAGCUAUACGGUGGCAACCCAGCCAAUUUCUUAGAUGUCGGUGGUGGUGCUACCGCAGAUGCGGUAAAACAGGCUUUCAAAAUUAUUACCUCUGAUCCAAAUGUUCAUUGUAUAUUGGUUAACAUUUUCGGUGGUAUUAUGCGUUGCGAUAUUAUUGCCCAGGGUAUUAUCGCUGCUGCCAGAGAUUUGAAAAUGAAAAUGCCAAUCGUUGUCAGAUUACAGGGUACAAAUGUGAAUGAGGCCCGUCAAUUGAUUAAAGAUUCUAAGCUGAGGAUUAUACCUCGUCACGACUUGGAUGAAGCUGCCAAUUUAUCUGUGCAUUUGGCUAAAAUUGUGCAAUUAGCGCGUGAAAUGAAUAUGGAUGUUAGCUUCGAGAUUCCUGAUAGCGCCAAUGAAAAAGAUAAAGGUGGUAAAGGUGGUAAAGAUGGUAAAGAUUCAUGCGCAACUAAAAAGAAAUAAUGAAAACCAAAGUGCGACUGAAAUUCAAGAACUGCAAGAAUUCAAUAAAAAUUUAGAAGAA